AAAAGGAAUUUUAUUUGCUUAGGACCCACUGGAGUUCUGUAUUCAGGAGUAAGGCACUGGACACACUAAUAUAUCGGAGGCCACUUUAUCGAGUGAGGUAUUAAGGAACCGCUUGUGUUCAUCACAGCCAUGACUUUGAACAAAGGCGACAAGUUGAGGAACAUGGACAGAAGGAGAGGGAGCACGCCGUUUCCCAUGCACCUUCAGACCCUGCACCGGAGGAGCAUGCCGGUGGAUGACCGCGAGCUGCGUUCCUCCGUAGCUCCGGUGCUGGCGGGCGAGCUGUCCAGCCUCACGCGCUGCACGUCCUACAGUCCCGGCGAGCAGCACCGCGACAGCUGCGUGUCCGACUCCUCCGACUCGGUCAUCUCGUCCGGUAGCGACUCCGACGGACAGAUCUACAAGGUCGUACUUUUGGGAGAGCACGGCGUCGGGAAGUCCACCCUCGCGCGGAUAUUCGGUGGAGUGGAGGACACUCACGACUACGAGGACGCAGGAAAUACAUACGACAGAUCUUUCGCUGUGGAUGGAGAGGAAGCAAAUAUCUUAUUAUAUGACAUCUGGGAACAGGACAACAGCCAAUGGCUGAAGGAUCAGUGUAUGCGUCUGGGUGAUGCCUACAUCAUCGUCUAUUCUGUGACAGACAAGUCAAGUUUUGAGAAGGCAUCCGAACUGCGCAUACAGCUCCGCAGGGCACGGCAGUCGGAAAACAUCCCUAUCAUCCUGGUGGGAAACAAGACUGAUCUAGUACGCUCCAGAGAAGUGUCCGUAGAUGAGGGCAGUGCAUGUGCUGUCGUGUUCGACUGCAAGUUCAUCGAGACCUCAGCAUCGCUACAUCACAAUGUCCGCACUCUGUUCGAGGGUAUUGUGCGGCAGAUCCGCCUACGCAGGGACAGCAAGGAGGAGAAUGCACGGCGCAUGGCUAACUGCAAACGCCGUGAGAGCAUCAGCAAGAAGGCCAAGCGCUUUCUGGGUCGCAUGGUCGCACGCAAGAACAAGAAGAUGGCCUUUAGACAGAAGUCCAAGUCCUGCCAUGACCUUUCAGUGCUCUGAGCAAAAUGGACUUGUAGAGCCACUAAGACCAGAAGCUGUGUAUGGUUUUUGACACUAACUCAAGGACAAGACAAUUGUACAGAGAUAUCUUUACAUAUUUUGUAUUGUAAAACAGACAAACCGAAACCAACAAUAGUCAAUGGUAUAGACUUGCAUGAGGCUUUUUAAGUUUCUAUAUUUUAUUUAAUAUUUUUUUGUUCUUUUAUUUUGCCUUAAAGUUGUUGAGUGGUCAAAAUCUAGCAGUGCAAGUAGAAGUGAAGUUCUCAAAGCCAUUUCAUUGUGUACUGAGAGCUCUGGGCAUGCUUUCUCAAGGGAAGGGUUUGUGAAUGCAGUAGCAAUUGUAAUGAUGUACCGCUCCCAAAAGUGGGACACACUUUCUCAUGUACAUGUCUAAAAGAUGAGCACAAUUAAUUUUCCUCACUGAUAUGAGAAAUGGAAUCAUAUUUACUUGAAUCUGAGUGCGCAGGUACGUACUUCAGCACUUCAGAAACACAGCAUGGUGUUUGGGGAGGGACUCUGGACUGAGAAAUGUCAAACAUUUAAUCAUCAAAAUAUUAUUUAAAUGCAAGGUGUAAUUGA